GGUGAUGUCGUAAAGCUGAGUGUCGUAAACCAGGUGCGGAGAAGGGGAGGUGAAGGGGAGGGAGGAGAAGGAGGGGGAGAGAGGGUGAGAGAGGAGGUGACUCUCCGGCAGCAUUUAGACACAACGAAAGGAUCAUGGCGGAUGGCCCCAGGUGUAAGCGCAGAAAGCAGGCGAACCCGCGGAGGAACAACGUGACCACCUACAGCACCGUGGUGGAGGCCGCCUCAGACUCCGAUGACGAGGACAAGCUGCACAUCGUGGAGGAGGAAGGCAGCCUGGCGGACAGGGCCGACUGCGACAGCACCCUGCAGGACGACGAGAGCCCCAGGGAGCAGUGCUGGGACCGAGUGAAGGAGGAUUGUGGGUCAGAUGGAGAAGAUGACAUGAGCACAGAUGCACUGGUGGAGGAGAUGCUCCAGCAACAGGACACAGCCAUCAUCUACCCCGAGGCCCCGGAGGAUGAGCCACAGCGACAGGGCACCCCUGAAGCCAGGAGCCAUGAUGAGAACGGAACUCCUGACUCUUUCUCGCAGUUACUCACCUGCCCGUACUGUGCGCGCGGCUACAAGCGUUACAGCUCUCUGAAGGAGCACAUCAAGUACCGGCACGAACAAACCGAAGAUAGCUUCAGCUGCCCUGAGUGCAGUUACAGCUUUGCUUACCGAGCUCAACUGGAGAGGCAUAUGACGGUCCACAAGAGCGGACGGGACCAGAGACACAUCACACAGUCGGGAGGCAAUCGUAAAUUCAAGUGCACUGAAUGUGGCAAGGCAUUUAAAUACAAGCACCAUCUGAAGGAGCACCUACGCAUCCACAGUGGAGAGAAACCCUAUGAGUGCUCCAACUGCAAGAAACGCUUCUCCCACUCAGGCUCAUACAGCUCUCACAUCAGCAGCAAGAAGUGCAUCAGCGUCAUUUCGGUGAACGGCAGACCGCGCUUGGGGAACACCAAAACCCAGAGCCAGGGUCCAUCGCCCACACAAACCUCGAUUCUUCACACCCAGAUUAGGGAAAAGCUGGAGCACAGCAAACCCCUUCAGGAACAGCUGCCCCAUAACGAGAUCAAGACUGAGCCGAUGGACUACGAGUACAAGCCAACAGUGAUCACAUCCCCAGUUGUGACUGCCAUGAAUGGUGGGGUCUUCAACGGAAGCCCUGCAGCGCCCCUGCAAGGAACAGUGCAGGCUGUGGUCCUGCCCACUGUGGGGCUAGUGUCACCCAUUAGCAUCAACCUCGCAGACCUGCAAAAUGCUCUGAAAGUGGCAGUGGAUGGAAACGUCAUUCGCCAGAUGCUGGAAAACAAUGCCAAAGGUCAGGGGCUUAACACUGGGCUAACCACUGGAACGCUCCACCCCCCACAGCAGCAACUCAUCUCAGCCAUCAGUCUGCCUAUAGUGGGUCAGGAUGGAAAUGCAAAAAUCAUUAUUAACUGCAGUUUGGAACCCAACCAGGGCCAGCUCACAGCCCAAAACCUGAAAAAAGAGCCUGAACCAGUAUCACCAGCUCAGACCACUGAUACCUUCAAGUCUCAGAAACUCCCAGAAGACCUUACGUGCAGGGGCAUCAAGCCCAAUGAGACUAAAGAAAAAGAGGAAAAGACCACUAAAACCUGUCUCCUGUGUGAUAAUUGUCCUGUGGGACUGGAAGCGCUCCAUGCCCUCAAGCACUGCAAGAAGGAUUGUCUCAGGCUGAAUGGAGCAGGGUUGGAUAAGUCUGAGUCUGCUGUUGCUGCCCUGCUCUCAGAGGCGGGACUCUGCAACCAACCCAAGAACCUUUUGUCCCUGCUUAAGGCCUACUUUGCCUUAAAUGCGGAGCCCACUAAGGAUGAGCUGGCCAAGAUUUCUGACUCAGUCAGUCUCCCAAUUCAUGUGGUUAAGAAGUGGUUUGACAAAAUGCAGGAGGGUCGGAUUUCACUGGGCGCCCCAACACCCCCUUCAGAAGAAGAGGACAUCUAUGAAGCUAGCGGCGUGGUAUCACUUGUCCCAGGCAAGGACAUGAACCCCUCUGUGAUCCAGGACAGCCCCACAGAGGCCACUCCGGCAGAAGUCAAUGGUGCUCAUAGCUCACCAGCUUCCCCCCCACCACUAAACCUGACAUCUGGCAGUCCUGUCCCCAUCCAGCCUACUCAGAGUGCAGAGGGACCCCUGGACCUGUCACUGCCAAAGUCCACUAGGGAGGAAGCAAAGAAGGUUGUGGGUAAGGUGGGCACUGACCCGUCAACCUUCUGUGGCUCCAGCACUGAUGAUGAACCUUUAAACUUAACUUGCACAAGGAAAGAAGCUUCACCACUCUCAGCCCUGGGCUCCAGCCCUGUCCCACUGUAUGCCAGCCAGCUAAGUGGCAAACCUCUGGAUAUAGUCACCACAAUGCAAUGCCUCAAGGCACUCGCUACCAACAACAACCAGACUAUCCUGAUUCCUCAGCUGGCCUACACAUAUACCACUACAGCAAACAGCCCUGCAGGGACCGAGAUGCAUGAAACCAUCCACCUCAACGGAGUGAAGGAGGACAAACAGGACGCCGGCUCAGACGGCCUCUCUACUAUGGAGGAGCAGAACGACUCGGACUCAGGCCCUCCGAGGAAGAAGAUGAAGAAGACGGAAAGUGGCAUGUACGCCUGCGACUUGUGUGACAAGAUCUUCCAGAAGAGCAGCUCCCUCCUGAGACACAAAUACGAACACACGGGGAAGCGACCUCACGAGUGCGGCAUCUGCAGCAAGGCCUUUAAACACAAACACCACUUGAUCGAACACAUGAGGCUCCACUCCGGAGAGAAGCCGUACCAGUGCGACAAGUGUGGCAAGCGUUUCUCCCACUCAGGAUCCUACUCCCAGCACAUGAACCACCGCUACUCUUAUUGCAAGAAGGAGACACACAGCCAGGAUGGAGGCCGAGAGACCCCAGAGGAGGACUCAGAGGUCCAGGCUGAGUUGGAGACCCUGAGCCAGGUACAGAGGCGGCACUUGGCUCCGUCCCAACUGGAUUUGGACGAACGGGGGAGCAGCACCAGAGACGAUGAAAGCGAGGAGGAGGAGGAGGAAGGCGUAGUGGACAUGGACGACAUCCAGGUGGUGCAGAUAGGAGAUGAAGGAGGGGAUGACGAGGAGGAAGAAGAGCAAGGAGAGAGGAAUGAGGAGGAAUCGGAAAGAUUAGUGGUAGAAGGCGGCGAAGAGGAGGCGAAAACCGAGAUAGAAAUAAAUGAGGCGGAAGAGGAGGCCGACACAAGACAGGAGGAUGACCUCGUUCAGGAGGAAGAAGAAGAAGUAGUCAAGAUGGAGGAGGAGCAGGCGAUGGACACAGAAGGAGGGCUGGUGGAGGCAGAGGGCGAGGACACAAAGGACGAAGGAGGCGAAACAAAAGAGAACGCGGCUUCUGAAGACGAGACUCGGACGUCACAGGAGAGAGGAGAUGCUGACUAAAAAGGAGGAAGACUGAGACACAAUCACAUCCUCUCCCUGGGCAGAGACAGAAAUGCCGGAGAAGACGUCUGGUCUCUCUGACGGUUGCUUUCAGUUCACUACUGUGUAGAAAUCCAGGUGUGCCUGAAAAAUACUAGUGACUUUUCCACAGGAGGACAAUUUCUCAUUGUUAGAAGAUUUGUAAAGAAAACAAUGAAGACGAACACAAAUUUUGACAAACAAAAGAAAUGCAUUAUACAGACUUUGGAAGCUAGAGCCGACAUGUUUUAGAUAAUGUUUUAUUACUAAAACACAUUGGGUCAUUUCUUUUUAUCAGUGUUACUAAUUUUAUCACGCAUAUUUUAACCUUUAAAGCUGUACAGUUGGGAGAUAUUUCUAUACCUUUUUAUUGCCAAUGAACUAAAAAGUCAGUAUUUUAUUAAGUUGGAAGGAAAAUAAGAAAAUCCUGUGCACUACAAGUGGCUUGGUUUACCUAUGGAUUGAGCGGUUGAGUUAUGUUGUCUACCCUUCAGUAUUACUGCACUAGAUUUACCGCGUGUCACAUGAGAAGAUGCUGGUUUGCUUUGGUUGUAAUUGGAUCAUGAGCCUUAAGAAGACAAACGGCAACAGAAGCCUGACGGGUUUUGUUGUUCACUUCCAGAUGUAAGGACACGUUGACGUCAAAGUGUCUUUACCAAAUCAGUGUUUCACACGAAUAGUUUGAUAUUAUGGGAAGUGAACUCAAAUGCUUUCUUUGUUUGAAGAUUGAGACCACUCUCAAGGCCUAAUUGUUAAGAGGCUACAGCUACAAUUAGCACUUGCAAAUUAGCUUAGCUUAGCCUAGCUUAGCCCAAAGACUAAAGCAAUGCAGAGAAGCUCAAGCUAGCAGUUAAUGCUGGCUAAUUUAUUGCUUUGAGCUCAUGUCCAGGCGGUGUCAGUAAUGCACAUGUAGGAUGCUAUAGCAAAGGAGCUAUCAUGGGCUGGUUAACUAACCAGAAGCUGUGACAGAGAAAAGCUUCUGACCGUAGCCGCAUACUUAACACACAGACGUGAGAGUCUCCUUCAACUCUUAGCCAGAAAGCAGCUGCAGCGCACUUCCCAAAGUGUGAAGCUAUGGCUUUAAAUGAGAAGAUAACUGUCGACCCCCCCCCCAUCCCCCAUCCCCUUUCACCCCGCUCCAAGCCUUAUGCAAAAAAUCUAAUUAAAACAAAAGAAACAAAAGUGCCAUUGAGUUAGAAACUACGAUCAGGUUUAGCCGGUCCACGAUCAACGCAGACGCCGGAACACUGUUACCUUUAGCUCGUCGCCACACCGGAACUUCGGACGAGCUUUUCUUUCCUCUAGAUGCACAUUUUCAGACGAAUGACGAUGAAGGAUCUUGAUUUCUAGUUGUUACCUGUGUCCUUGUUGCAGCGCUUGCUCAACACACCACGAAAUGCUCAGACAUCUCUUCAGGUAACAAAAGUAGGCAAAGUUACAUCCAGGAGUUCAGUUCAAAGUAUUAUUUUGUCCCUUGUGUUGUUUCAUGUUUGGUUUCAGUGUGUACUGUAUGUGUUCAGCAAUGGCAGUAUUAUUCGCACCCCCAACGAGAUGGGCAUGUCUGUUUAGUCAUAGAGAACGUUUCUAUUUAUGUGUCUUAUUUUUUAUAUUUCUUUGUGGUUAUUUAUUACACCAUGUAGUGUACAAUACUGUAGUUUGUAUUAAUACGAUAAUAUAUUUUAGUAUGAAAAAGGUUCAAAGCCUGGGAGCUGAGACUCAGCCUGCGGUCGUGGUGAGGUGUUUUUGGAUCUCACGCCCUGCGAGCCUCCACGUCGGAACCUGUGACCUCUCGCAUACAUUCUCAUUAGUUUAGUUUUCUGCCCCUCUCUAAUAUGAAGCUACUGAACUUUUGAAAACUAAUUGUAUGUCUACUAGCAUGAGUGUGUGCUGUUGUAUUGAAGGAUGAUCCUUAACCACGAACUCUCCUUUUUGCCAAGCCAAAAUAAUAUUGACAUUCUUAUGUUUCAUUUGUGCCAAUUUGUUACUUUUUAUGUUAGUGUCAAGAUCACACCACUUUUUUACCCCAUGCCCCCUUUAACACCUACAUUUUUUAUAGUGAUUGUUUUAUUGUUUUCUUUUUUGUUUAUUUUUUAUGACUCCCCAUCUCACAAUAAAAUACAUCAAUUACAAGCUG